AUGAUUUUCCUGACCUGUUCCUCCAAACUGGCUACUCUGAGAAAAAUACUGAGCCACAGCUUCCCGGAGUCAUUAAAGGUUUAUGGAGCACUGCAUUACGUGAUUGACAAAAACCCAUUCAGACUGCAGGUUCUGGUGGACCAGUGGCCAGACUUCACUUCUGUUAUUUGCCGCCCCUUUCUGGAGGAGAUGAAAAACCCAAUAGAUCCUUACACCAACACCUACUUUAUGUUCAGUAAAGACCCACAGAGUCUGAGUCACAUGCUGCAAGAUCCCCAGACUGUGAACUGGAGUCAGAUGUUUCAGAUACAAGGUUGUCAGGCAUUGGAGGAAGUCAUUCACACAGUUCUGUCCAAGCAUGGAGGCCAUAUGAGGACUGUGAGUAACGUGUUAUACAUGAGAGACAGGAAGAUAAGUGCCGAUGAAGUGGAAGCACUUGGCAAUACAAGAAUAAGUGACCUGCAAUUCUCACCAUUGAACCCAAAUGAAGCACCCCUUGUUAAUGCACAGUGGCUAUUUGGUGGUAAUGAAAUAAGUGAAAAUUAUAUCAGACGAUGUAUCCAGACAUUUUCCACCUUGUGUGCCAGAAUACCUGGAGUGGCGCAACCUAUAGGCUGGUCGCUGAGUGAGCAGUCAGCAGAAAUACGCAUGGGGUACACUGAGAGUUCCUAUCGUAGUCAGAGACUGUUUGGGAAUGUAGUGACAAGACUGAUGGCUAUACAGCAGUCAAGAGGGGCCCCAAUCUACUGCCAUGUGGCACCUGACAACAAGAAGAGCCAAGCUGCAUGUAAAGCAGUUGGAUAUGUUCCAGUAGGAAGGUGGCAACAGUGGAGCUUUCAACCCAGCUUAAUAAAAUACUCAAUGGAUUCCAUGUAUAGUCACUGA